AACCGUGGCAUUAUAUUGGGCAUAUGGGCUUGGUAAGCCCAAGGCAUUGUAGCUGCUUCAACCGAAAAGAAAGAAGGCUUUGGCUCUCUGGGUGCGGUGGUAGUUUCAGAGCGGAAGUAAAGCAGUCGGAUCACCCGCCCCAUAAUAUGGAAGGUACCACUCUCAUGCUUCAUCUUCUUUUUCAGAGUUGGUUAAUAUGAAAAUCUUCCUGAAAUUUUCUUCUUCUUCUUCUUGUUCUGAAUCUUCAAUGGCUUCUUCGCUUCUCUCAAUCUUUCUUCUUUUGCCGAUCUUCUCCAUCUCCUCCUGCUCUGCCGAAACCAGGAAGGAGUUAAGGAGUAAGGAAUUCAACCAGGAAGCAUUGAUACAGUUGGGUCACUCGGUUGAUUACAACAGAAUUGACCCGUCAAGGGUUGUUCAUCUUUCUUGGCGACCAAGGGUGUUUCUGUACAAAGGAUUCCUAUCGGAUGAGGAGUGUGACCACCUUAUUUCUUUGGCAAAUGGUGGAGAAGAGAAGUCUUCGACAGAAUAUGAUGAAGCUGGAAACAGCAACACAAAUAGGAUGCUUAAAAGUUUAGACCUUCCCUUGAGCAUGGGGGAUGGUAUAGUUUCAAAGAUUGAGGAAAAGAUCUCGGCCUGGACUUUCCUUCCUAAAGAGAACAGCAGAGCUUUACAGGUUUUGCAUUACGACCUUGAGGAGGCAGAGAAGAUUUACAAUUAUUUUGGCAACAAAUCCACAUUGGAACAAAGUGAGCCCUUGUUAGCAACAGUUAUUCUUUAUCUCUCAAACGUCACUCGUGGUGGUGAGAUUCUACUCCCGGAGUCAGAGCUGAAGAGCAAUGCCCAGUCUGGUUGUGGAAAGAGUAGCAGUAUCUUGAAACCAACCAAAGGAAACGCAAUUCUGUUUUUCAAUCUCCAUCCUAAUGGAUCUCCCGACAAGAGCAGUUCCCAUGCCCGAUGCCCCAUACUCGAAGGUGAAAUGUGGUGCGCCACAAAGUUCCUUCAUGUGAAAGCCAUUCCUCAGGAAAAUUCCUCCUCCAAUUCUGAUAGCAGCGAUUGCACUGAUGAAGACGAUAGCUGUCCCAGGUGGGCAGACAUUGGGGAGUGUCAAAGGAACCCUGUAUUCAUGAUUGGCUCCGAUGAUUACUACGGUACAUGCAGGAAGAGUUGUAAUGCAUGCUGAUGGCUAAAAGUAAAAUUUUCAUAGUGAAUUUUACCUCGACAACAUUUGUUAACAACUGUUUAACACAAUCUAUAUCGAUGAAUAAUGCUUUCAACUUUGAUA